AUGGGCACUUUAUCGAUUAAACGAGCCUACAUCGACAUCAACGACUCCCAGCAACUGCACUACAGACAUGUUGUUCCAGAAGACUGCGGUUCGGGCGUCAUCGUGUUCCUCCACAAAUCGGCCUCUUCCUCGAGCAGUUACGAGAAAUUGAUGCUUCACUAUGCCAGCGAGGGCUUCUCGUGCUACGCUCUUGACAUGCCUGGCUUUGGCGGGUCGUUCGAUCCUACGCCUGAACAAAUCGCGGAAAUCGAUCGCACCGGUACAGAGUGGUUUGCCGACAUCUUCAUAACGGCGCUGAACGCCCUUGGAAUCACCAAACACGGCUUCCAUAUCAUCGGCCAUCACUCUGGCGCUUCUCUAGCCACACAGAUUGCCGUGAGCUAUCCCGAAUCAGUCCGCAGCAUCUGCCAAAUUGGUCCAACGACGAUUGGGUACGAGGAGAGACAGAGAAUGCGCGAGAUCUACCUGGUCCCUUUCAACCAGCCGACGCCUGACGGGACGCAUCUUCAGAAGACGUGGGAUUACCUUGGGAAGAUGGGAAUUGGAGAAGACUUGGAGCUUCGACAGCGAGAGGCUCUUGAUCAUAUCCGCGCGUGGAAAGGACGGAUGCUGAUCUAUGGCGCGGUAUGGAACCAGGACGCCGAGACAUUGUUCAUGCAAGUGCGAUGUCCGAUUCUGGUCUUGUGUGCCAGAGACGAUGUUCUUUGGGAGCACAUGGAGAAUGUUCAAAGGCUGCGCUCAGAUAUACGGACUGGUGUCAUUGGCGGGGCCAAUUUCUCGACGGAGCUGGAUGUCUUGGGCAUUGUACGUGAGUGGGAUGCGUUCCAGCUGGUGGGCGCAUCGCAAAGGGCAAAAGGGGGGACUGUAUAG